AAAUGGUUUCCAUCACAGCUGAAAAUGUUACGCAGCUGUACAACACAACUACCCGGGCGCUCACAGUCAGUCCAGAAUAUUCCCACAAUAAUUCAGGAGUGCAUCAGAUAGAUCAAUAUGAAUGUGUUAGUGCAGAUGUGUGGAAAUGGCUACAGGAUUUUCAGCCUGCAUUUCUCUGGUUUAUAUUUAUUCUGGGAUCAAUAGAAAAUUCCUUUGUGCUCACUGUCCUGUGUUUCCACAAGAGUAGCUGCACAGUGGCUGAAAUUUACCUAGCAAACAUGGCUUUUGCUGACCUAAUGUUGGUCUGUACUUUACCUUUCUGGGCCAUGAAUAUUUCUAAUAAUUUUCAUUGGCCUUUUGGCCAGUUUCUCUGUAAAGCCAUCAACAUUAUGAGUUACAUGAAUUUAUAUUCUAGCAUUUAUUUCCUGACACUAGUGAGCAUUGACCGCUACCUGGCCCUGGUGAAAACCAUGUCCCUUGGACGGAUGAGACGAACUGUCUGUGCCAAAUGGAAUUGUUUUGUAAUUUGGACAUGUGCACUGCUCAUGUGUUCGCCUACAAUGGUGUUUCGAAAUUUGCAUUAUUUUGAAGAGUACAACAUCACAGCCUGUGUUCUUCUUUACCCAGCUAGCUUCUGGGAGCCCACAAACAACUCCUUGCUGAAUAUUGUGGGGUUUGUGAUCCCAUUCUGUGUAAUUACCUAUUGCACUGUGCAAAUCAUCAAAGCCCUACGAAGCAGUGAGCUACGAAAAAUGAAGGUAGUCCAGACAGAGAGAAGAGCCACCAUGCUGGUCUUUGCUGUGCUCCUGCUGUUCAUCAUUUGCUGGCUUCCAUUCCAGAUCAGCACAUUCAUCGACACAAUCCGUUACUUCUCACCCACUCUCAAGUGCCUGGAGGACAUCAACGACAUACUGACCCAGAUAGCCACAUACUGCUCCUUUAGCAACAGCUGCCUGAACCCAGUCUUGUAUGUGAUUGUUGGGAAAAACUUCCAGAAGAAGGCUGUGGAAUUCUACAAGGACUUGUUCACAAAGAGGUGCAGGAAAUCACAGUCUGUGCAGAUGGAAAACUCCCUGGACACUUUAAGAACUUCCAUUUCAAGUGAAUACCCAAGGAAAAAGUCUGUUUUGUCAUUACGCCAGUAGCAUAAUUUUAGAAAAUCCUUAAAGGAAGAAAGCCUUCUAACAUGUCAGUCUCCACUAAUAUCCGUCUGCUAUGGGUCCACAGAGUAAACAUGUGGUAGUGUUCAUUACGUGAGGGAAAAGUGUGGUUUGAUCUUAGUGGAAAUUCCAUAAAGAUACCUGCUUCUAAUGUUACUGGAUGUUUUUCAUGAUUGAAUCCUAUUUUGUAGCUUGCUUACAUUUUCA